AUGGAAGGUAGAAUAUUUAAUGGACCGCAAGGACCAAUCAAAUUUAAAGAAUCGUUGCAGUACGAUUUAAUUCAUAAAGUCCGUGAAGAGCCAAACCCUACCGAAGAACAGGUAGAACCGGUGCGACAAAUUCUCGAGUUUAACCCUACCGAAAACGAAAAUCAUAGGCAGCAGAAUCUUGAAAAAUUCUUGAAGGAUAAAAGAACUAAGUACCUGUUAAAAAGAAUCAAAAACUUAGAAGAAUCUUUCGAGAAUGAGCAAAUCCCUCUACAAUUAGAAAACAAGUUCAACACUCUUAAACGAAAACAGAAGAACUUGAAUUAG